ACAUUCACUAAGGGUAUUGGAACACCGACUUACAUGGCUCCUGAAAUUUUGAUGAAAGAAAAAUACAAGAAAAAUGCUGAUGUAUUUUCAUUUGCAAUUACCAUGUUUGAGUGUUUUGGAUGGUGCGAAGCUUACACAAAAGAUUUGUUCAAAUUCCCAUGGAAAAUAGCCGAAUAUGUCAUCGCUGGAAAUCGACCAAUACAAAACAAAAAUAUUAAGGACAAUCAGUAUGAAUUGAUUUGUGAGUGUUGGAAACAAAAUCCUAUUGAAAGGAUAACAAUUGAAACAAUAAUUCAAAAACUUGAAACAUUGAAAGAUAAUUAA